GCGGAGGCUGCAAUGAGCCAACAUCGCGCCACUCUACUCCAGACUGGGUGACAGUGAGACUUCAUCUGAAAAAAAAAAAAGUAUAGUUUUUCUUCUUCUUCUUGUUUUUUGAGACGAGGUCUUCAUCUGUCACCCAGGCUAGAGUGCAGUGGUGCGAUCGUGGCUCACUGCAGCCUUGGCCUCCCGCGUUCAAGCAAUCCUCCCACCUCAGCUGGGAUUACUGGGGCCCGCCACCACGCCCGGCUACUUUUUGCAUUUUUAGUAGAGAUGGGGUUUCACCAUGUUGGCCAGGCUGGUCUUCAAUUUCUGACCUCAGGUGAUCCACAUGCCUUGGCCUCCCAAAGUGUUGUGCAGAGCCACUGCACCCGACCUCCUCUUCUUAUUUUUUUUCUUUGAGAUGGGAGUUUUGCUCGUUUCCCAGGCUGGAGUGCAACGAAUGGCGGGAUCUUGGCUCACUGCAAACUCUGCCUUCCAGGUUCAAGGGAUUCUCCUGCCUCAGCCUCCUGAGUAGUUGACCAUGUUGGUCAGCGUGGUCAUUUAAGGUCAGGAGUUCGAGACCAGCCUGGCCAACAUUGUGAAAUCCCGUCUCUACUAAAAAUACAAAAAUUAGCUGGGAGUGGCAGUGCACACCUGUAAUCCCAGAUACUCGGGAGGCUGAGGCAGGAGAAUCGCUUGAACCGGAGGGGCAGAGGUUGCAGUCAGCCGAGAUCGCACCUUUGUGCUCUAGCCUGGGCGACGGAGCGAAACUCCGUCUCAAAAACAGAAAAAAAAAAAAAAAAAAAGACACAACAACAAAUGCAGUGCGUUACCCUGGACUGAAUCCUCAACAGGGAAAAAAAGGUAUAAAAGACAUUUGAGGUGAGUUAAAUCUGGACUGUGGGCUGGGUCCGGAUUUUGAUCAUUGUACCGUGUGUUUUUUUUUUUUUUUUUUUUUUUUUUUUGAGACAGAGUCUCGCUCUGUCGCCCGGGCUGGAGUGCAGUGGCGCAAUCUCGGCUCACUGCAAGCUCCGCCUCCCGGGUUCACGCCAUUCUCCUGCCUCAGCCUCUGAGUAGCUGGGACUACAGGCGCCCGCCACCGCGCCCGGCUAAUUUUUUGUAUUUUUUAGUAGAGACGGGGUUUCACCGUGGUCUCGAUCUCCUGACCUCGUGAUCCGCCCGCCUCGGCCUCCCAAAGUGCUGGGAUUACAAGCGUGAGCCACCGCGCCCGGCCCGUGUGGUUCUUAAGAGUAAAUACACAGCAAAAUGUUUAGGUUAUCUCCAACUUCUCAAACGGUUCAGGAAAAAAAUCCAGUAUGUUUAUAUUUAUAGAGAGAAUGACUCAAAAAUGGAGCAAAACGUAAACAGUAGGUGAACUUGGUUCGAGAGUAUUAAACAAAUGAAGCAAAUGAAAACAACUGGCACAUUUUGGUAGCGAACACUGGGGAGUUUUCCUUGUACUAGUAUUCCAACUUUUCUACGAUUUAAAAAAUAUCCAGUAUAAUAAAAUGUUAUAAAGAAACUGCACACCUCCCACCAAUGUUUCGGUAAUAUAGCAGAAAUAUAAAACUACACAUAAUGUAAAACUUUUUUUUUCUUUUUUUGGGACAGACUCUGGCUCUGUUGCCCAGGCUGUUGUGUGGUGGUGCAAUCUGAGCUCACUGCAGCCUCCACCUCCAGAGCUCAGACGAGCCUCCCGUCUCGGCCUCCUGAGUAGCUGGGACCUCAGGCGCGCGCCACCACCGCUGCCGGCUAAUUUUUUAAAAAUUUUUUGUAGAGAUGGGGGGUCUCACUAUGUUGCCCAGGAUGGUCUUGAACGCCUGGACUCAAGUGUUCCUCCCCGCUCGGCCUCCGAAAGUGCUGGGAUUACAGUCAUCGGCACCACAGCGGUCACAUUUACCAUUUCGAAGCUUAGAAUUUCCAGGGCGGGCGCGGUGGCUCAGGCCUGUAAUCCCAGCAGAGGCCAGGACUCCGAGAGCAGCCUGGCCAACGCAGGAAGACCCGCCCCCUACAAAAAACACAAAAAAUUAGCCGGGGGUGGCGGCGCGGGCCUGACGUGCCAGCUACAAGGGAGGCAGAGGCCGCGGCGAGCCGAGGUCGGGCCGCUGCACCCCAGCCAGGGCGACCGGGCGAGACCCCGUCUCAAAAUGAGUAAGUAAACAAAGUGCAGGGUUCAGAGGCAACGGGCACUUUCACAGCGAUACGACUAUCUCCACCUCGGUUCCUGAAUAUCCUCGUGGCCCUAGAGGGCGGCCUGGGCCUCCCCGGCCGCGGCGCCCCUGACCCGGGUCCGCUGCCCUCACGGCGCCCUCGGAGCCACAGCUGCGGCCUGGGCCGUGCUCCGGGACGGCCCGCGCUGCGCUGAUGUUUAUCCAUCGUCCGUGCAUGACCACGGGCGCUGCGGCCUCGUUCUCCUGUCAGUCCCCGCCGCGGCCCCACAUCCGUUCCCCAACACGCGCCACCACCGUGAGUUCAGAGGCGCAGCCGGGAACCCGGGGGCUGACGGGAGGCGACCUUCGCCCCGGAAGUCAUCGCAGGCGCUGACCCGGAAGCGCUCGUGACCGCCAUUUCCGACCCGGGCAAGAUGGCAGCCGCGCGGUGCGUGCGUUGAGUAUCCGGGACGUCGGCCCGCAGGCGCCAUGGUCUUCCUCACUGCGCAGCUCUGGCUGCGGAAUCGCGUCACCGACCGCUACUUUCGGAUCCAGGAGGUGCUGAAGCACGCCAGGCACUUCCGAGGGAGGAAAAACCGCUGCUACAGGUUGGCGGUCAGAACCGUGAUUCGAGCCUUUGUGAAAUGCACCAAAGCCCGAUACCUGAAGAAAAAGAACAUGAGGACCCUCUGGAUUAAUCGAAUUACAGCUGCUAGCCAGGAACAUGGACUGAAGUAUCCAGCGCUCAUUGGCAAUUUAGUUAAGUGCCAGGUGGAGCUCAACAGGAAAGUCCUAGCGGAUCUGGCCAUCUACGAACCAAAGACUUUUAAAUCUUUGGCUGCCUUGGCCAAUAGGAGGCGACACGAAGGAUUUGCUGCUGCCUUGGGGGAUGGGAAGGAACCUGAAGGCAUUUUUUCCAGAGUGGUGCAGUACCACUGAGGACUGUUGCUGUGUUGAUUAGGAAAAGAUACAGAGUAACUUGCAGUUUGAUUUGUACUUUUGUUUAGCUACAUCCCAAUAACAGACAUGAGGGAAGGCCCCGUCUCUCUGGGACAGAGCCUCACAGGUGAA